AUGGUUUCGAUCCGGACAGAAGAUGUCAGUUACAAGCAGCGAUGCUAUCUACAAGAACUUCAGAAUAAUGCAGGUUGGACAUUUCAGCGGAUUGCUAGAGACCAAGGUCUAGCACUUUUAACUGUUUACGGAAUAUGUAGUGGACCAGCUACACCACAGAGGGUAGGAAAGUGUGGGCGUAAAGUAAAGAUUGAUACUCCUACCCGCCGUAGGCUUGUAUUUGCAGCUACUUCUACAUCAGAAAAUCGCCGGAAGCCCUACAGUGAAGUGGCCAACGAGAUGGGAAUUGAGGCUUCUGACAAAACCCUACGGACUGCAUUUGCAAAAGAGGGCUAUCAUCGUAGGAUCGCACGGAAAAAGCCUUUUUUAGACCAAAUCAAAAGAGACAAAAGACUACGAUUCGCCCUCCAACACCGCCAUUGGACGAGAGAGGAUUGGAGGAAGCAACACCGUGAAUACUUCCAGAUACCUACCAUUGACUGGCCUCCCUCCUCACCUGAUCUGAACCCAAUUGAGAACAUUUGGAGUCUCUUGAAGGACCGCCUGAAUACCAGGAGACCGAGGCCUAGAGGAAGAGAAGAGAUUAGGACAGCAAUAUUGGAAGAAUGGGAUCUUAUUACUGCAGAGGAGAUCACUAAAUAUGUAGAUAAUAUGCCAGAGCGUAUACAGGCAGUCAUUGAUGCAAAUGGAGGGCACACCCGCUGGUAG